CCCCAAAUCAUUUGUUUUUCCCUUUUUCUGAACCUUUUCCAAUUCCAGUAUAUCUCUUUUGAGCUGGGGUGACCACAUCAGCAUGCAGUCUUCAAGAUGUAGGUGUACCAUGGAUUUAUAUAGAGUUUUACCAGCUGACUUUGAUGCUUGGAAGGUGAGCCCUCAAACCGCCAAUAUGGUAAUAAACAUCUGCCUCCCACAGUUCAAGCCAAGAAUUCACUGCAACAAGAUUUCUGCUGAUGGUUAUGAAGUGGAGAACCUCAUCUCUGAAGACCUUGCAAAGAGAAACCGGGGCUUUCGCAGUGAAUAUUUCAUCAAGCCCCCGGUCCAUGUUACUCUCUCCUUUCCCUUCAACAUAGAAAUCUGCAGGAUUAACAUAGACAUCUCAUCGGGCGGGUAUCAGAAUUUCACGGGGCUGGACAUUUACACGUCUACCUCAUUGAACAAAAGCUCUUGGAACAGCCUGGAGUCUCAGUUCUCAGGUCUGGCCGGACAGCCUGUGUCGGACAAAGACGUUUUCACACUAGUGGGCAAAGCCGUUCUAAAAAAUCAAAGCAAAGUGACGUUCAGCCACAGGGGCUUCAAGCCAAGGCCUCCUUUCCAUCAGAUGGAAGCUGUCUUCUACCCUGGUUCUGCGUCUCACGACCUAUGGAAUAAAGGCCCUGCCUCAAUGAGCAAUGUAUCACACUUAAAGAUUUGCAUCUCCCAUGUAGCAGGAGGUGGCCUCCCUUGCAUUAAAAGACUAGAGGUCUGGGGACAGCCAGCCAAGUCAUGCCCGCAGGAAGUGAUGGACGGCGUGUUCCAAGUGGCCUCUGGGUGCCUGGCUCAGGGCUUGGGUGUCCAGAGCACCAGUUUCAUGUUACCAAUGGAAAGCGAGUGUGUGCCCGUAAGCAACUCCAACAGCGAACAGCAGAGUCUCCAGAAGCUAGUCGAUGUUGUUCAGGAUAUCCCGGAAGAGUUCUUGGACCCUAUCACUCUGGAGAUAAUGCCCUUCCCAAUGCUGCUGCCGUCUGGCAAGGUGAUCGACCAGAGCACUUUGGAGAAAUGCAACCGGAGUGAGGCUUCCUGGGGUCGGGUGCCCAGCGAUCCUUUCACUGGAGUUGCCUUUAGCCAACACUCCCAACCCCUCCCUCACCCCUCUCUAAAAGCGAGGAUAGACCACUUCCUAUUACAGCACAGCAUUCCAGGCACCAACCUCCUCGGGAGGGCUCAGGUCUUGGGGAUGGUCACACCUUCUUCUCUAACCAUGUCCUCUCUGAAAAGGAAAAUGGACUGCAUGGAGCAUAGCCCUGAUGACAGCAACCACGAAGAACCCUCCUAUUUUUCUACCACAAACUUACUAACCAUGACUACCUCAGAGAGCAGUGCUAAAAAAAUGAAAACUGAGAGUGACUCACAUUUGGCCCAAAUGGACUGCUCGACAGGUCCAGUCUCUCAUGAACAGAAGCUGUCCGAAAGCUUGGACAUUGCCUUGACCUCUGCACUCAGCUCUAGGCCAUCGUUUACAGCUAGGCUGAUAAAAGGCCAGCAGCCGCAUAGCGAGGGGAGUUGCAGCAGUUCUUGGAAUGUAAAUACCCUAGCUGAGCGCAAUAGCAGCCCAGUUCAAGGAUGUGCUUCCUGUAAUAGAACAUUUUCUUCUUAUUUCAAAACGGAGCCUGUGUACCAGCUUCCAUGCGGCCACCUCCUGUGUCGUCCUUGCUUAGCUGAAAAGCAGAAGGCCUUAACGAUACUGUGCAUGAAUUGUAAAAGGUCAGUCUCUGCUCAUGAGGUGCUGAGGGUCCACUUUUAACUUCUUGGGCGCUGCUAUUGAAAUGGCUGGCUGAAAGGCCCCAAGGAGAGCUGGAGCCACUGCUGUUCCACUUGCCUGUAUUGAAUAGUACGUGGUCCUUUAAAGAGCUUGCCAGAUGAGUGCACGUAAUUCUGAAGAGAACUUUGUUGUCUUAUGCUUACAGAGUAGCGGGGAGGUGAGAGCAUCGCCCCAGAGCAAAGCGUUACAAGGAUAAUAAAGCCAUACGCUUCUUUAACAAGGAAAAUGUAUUUAUAUGAAACUGACAUCCAUCCAGUCACGCACCAUCACUCCACCCUUCCAACGGCUCAGUGAUUAGCAUAGGUGCCUUUUGAACUGUGAGUUUAGCUUCCCUGUCAUUUAAAACCAUUUCAAUAUUUGACAAGUAGCCGUUCAGUCCUGGGCCACGUGAAGUCCUUGUGAUCGAAUCUGUGCAAGCUACCUAACUUCUGCCCUCUCCUGCCCCCACUCCCUCCAAUUUCCCAGCUGUGCUAAGAGCACAAAGGUCACCUGUUCUGAAGACCAGUAAGUAAUAGAAAGAGGGGCUGGAGUUAGUGCAUAAGUAACUCUGAUGAUGAUCUCAUUCUGCUCAUACAACUUGUAGAAAAGCCACUGCAUUACACACAAUGUCACUCUGUUUGUCAUAUGACAGGACUGGCUCCUGUCUGGCUGAUAGACAUUUAAGCCUUAAUAAAAUUAUGGUUUAAAGUCA